AUGUCAUCAAAAACAGAAUUGGCACUAGAUGACAUUAUCAAGGCAAACAAGGACUCUCGUAAGAAACGUGGUGGAGCCGUACAAAAAGAAGACGACAAGAAGCCAUUACUACAAAGUACGAUAGCCAAACCGGAGCGUAGCCGAGUGUCCAGGCCAGAACGUAGCCGAAGACGUCGUAGAAGUUCUCUAACUCGACGUCGGAGUUCAGUAGCCAGUCGACGAUCCGUAGCCUCUCAUCGUUCUGUAGCCUCUCAUCGCUCUGUAGCCUCUCAUCGUUUCGUGGCUUCUAGAAGUCGUUCCACAGCUACAGAUGACCUACACUUCCUACGAAUUGGCAACAUCCCAUACAACGUGACCGAACGUGAACUAUGUAGCCUGUUCGAGCAGUACAAACAAGCGACAGUCUUUUUGCAUCAUGAUUCUAGAGGCAGGUCCUUGGGUACGGGAGAGAUUUGUGCUCCAGAAGGCACGGUAGACCGAAUCAGACGGGAUUUUAACGGAGUUUUAAUUGAUAAGAAGAAGCUCGAUAUUAGAAGCGUAGCACCGUUGAUCAAGAUUACCGACAGAAUUAGUGUAGCCAAUGAUGUGAAGAACAGAAGCCAAAGUCACGAUGGAGGGAAGCGAAGAAAUUCAGAUGGAAGUGACAAAGGAGGGAAAAAUAAAAAUGAUGUCAGAGUCCGAAAUGACGAUAAAGAUCAAAAUGAUUCCAAAAAUGAUGGUCAAGAUGCCUCAGUGAGCCAGAAUAGUUCUAGAAGUCACGAUGAAUCAAAAGGAACCGAUUCACAAAAAAGCAGCAACAAUGGAAGCACAGCAGCUAAAAAGUCAAAGAAAAAGAAGAAGAAGACCACGAAGAUGCCAAAAAUAACGACAGAACAGUUGGACAAAGAAUUGGAGCAAUAUAUGGCACAAAAGGCUAAUAUCAAUGACAAUGUUACUGACAAUAGUGGUACUGAUGAAAAAAUUGAAGUAGAUGAACACCCAGAUGACAAAGUAGACGACUCGGGGAUCGAAUCCUAA